AUGUUCAGAAACAGUAAUAGAGAAGACGUUAGAGUAGCUUUAACAGGAGAUAUUGCUGCUCUUGCUGGUUUAAAAGACACUAUAACAGGUGAAGCGUUUUGUGACCCUGAGAGUCCGGUCGUGCUUGAGCGGAUGUACUUCCCUGAUCCUGUGAUUAAGAUUGCAAUUGAACCCAAAACUAAAGCUGAUAUUGACAAGAUGGCAGUUGGUUUAGUCAAGCUUGCACAGGAAGACCCUUCUUUCCACUUCUCCCGUGAUGAAGAGAUAAAUCAGACAGUCAUUGAAGGAAUGGGAGAAUUGCAUCUGGAAAUCAUUGUUGAUCGCCUUAAAAGAGAAUAUAAGGUAGAAGCUAAUGUUGGAGCUCCCCAAGUAAACUACAGGGAAAGCAUUUCCAAAAUCUCACAAGUGAGGCUGGAACUUUUAGAAGUAACCCUCAUUGUUUUUGAGUCUGAAAAAGAAGAAGUUGUUUCAGUUCAUUCGGAAGACUCUGAAGCCGUUUCUGAACCAAUGGCUGAAGCUCCACCUCCUACGGAAAGACUUCUGGGUGACUAUGGAGGUGCAAAUGCUCCUACUGGAAGGGUAACAGUUGUGAACCAACCGUUCUUGGAGGCACUUGAGCAAAUGCCCUCUUAUGCUAUAUUUAUGAAGGAUAUUAUUUCAAAAAAGAGGAGCAUUGACACUGAUUCUAUUGUACUAACAGAAACUUGUAGUGUAAUUUUGCAGGGUAUGAAAAUUCCGGUAAAGAAGAAAUAUCGAGGCUCGGUAACUAUCCCUUUCACUAUCGGGGAUAGAUCUUUCAAAAAGGCCCUUAUAGACUUGGGGGCAAGUGUGAGUCUCAUGCCGUUAUCCAUUUACAAGAGGUUGGGGAUUGGAAAAGUGUAA